AUGCAAACUGUAGCUAUUGUUGGCGCUGGUGUGAGUGGUCUAAUAUCUAUCAAAUGUUGUUUAGAUGGUGGUCUAUCACCAACAUUUAAUACAUUAAAAGAAUUUAUGGCUUUUAGUAAUUUUCCACCACCAGCUGAUUAUCCAAAUUAUAUGCAUAAUAUCAAAUUAUUAGCAUAUUUUCGAAUGUAUGCAUCAAAAUUUAAUUUUACAAAAUAUAUUCGAUUUCGACGACGUGUAAUUCGUAUUGAACAAGCUGAUGAUUAUGAACAUACAGGAUGUUGGUUAAUAUAUAGUAUUCAUGCAAAUAAAGAACGUGAAAAAUUACAUAGUUGGCAAUACAAGACAUCUCAUGGUUUAGAAGAUAAAACAGUUCUUAUCAUUGGUAUUGGAAGUUCAGCAGGUGAAAUGGCUGUAGAAUUAGGACAUGUUGCUAAACAAGUUUAUCUAAGUACUCGUCGUGGUACAUGGGUUUAUAAUCGAGUUGGACCUACUGGAUGGUCAGUAGAUAUGUAUCGAACAAAUUUAAUUCUUGCAACAAUUCAAAAAUAUUCUCCUUGGCUAAUGAAUCGAUUAAUUGAACGAGAAUUAAACAAAAAAUUUGAUCAUGAAUUAUAUAGUCUUAAAUCUAAUCAUUAUCCUUUACGUAAAUGA